AUGGCGUCCUCAAAUACCACAGGACCACUGUCCUGCUCUGAACGCAAGCGGCGCAAGCAGAAGGUGAAGGCUCCGUACGGUUGCGGAGGUCCCAAACCCGCACAAGUUCCGGACCGCCUUGCGCAAAAACGAGGAGCAUCCCACCAGUGCAAGUUCGAGUCAAAGCCAGUCAAGCCAAAAGCCGCCAACGACAAGCAUUCGCAUGAUGAGCAACCGAGUGUCUCCCGGAAGCGUAGUUUCGACGGCCGGGACAGCGAGAUUCUGCCCGACGACAGAGAUACGGACGACAAUGACUCUUGUUCGGAUUUGAACGUGAGCAGUGUCUUGAAUGGCAUGGGCUACAUGUCCCACCAUCACCACUUGGUGUUGGGUCAAGGCCAUGUAUCAACGGUGGUCGAGGGCACCGCCGAAGACGAUGAACAGUCGGACGAGCUGAAAGAAGUUCUACCGCUGGUGCCGGAGAAGCGAUACACCGAUUGCCUCGUCGACAACUGGCUGAACGGCGCAAACCAUCACUAUUACGCCCUGUACCCGCCCGGUUUCAGAGCCCAAUACGCCGUAUGGUGGGCCACAUCGCCCAACAAGGUGACAGCGGAACUCACGAGCCUGAUCCUGCGCGUCUGCGCUUGCUCUCUCCAUUUCAUCAUCGAAGACAAUGUCAGGGCGAGGCUGGAGAAAGAGCUCGACACAGAUAUCCUGGCCUUCGCCAACCGCCUGCAUGCUGCGGCAGAGAAGCUCAGUGCCAGCAUUCCGCCUGGAAAAGGCGGACUCGUCCAUUCAGCGGGAAAGUUCACCGAGGCCUGGCACGCUUUGAGCAAGGCCAUCCAAGCGGCAAUUGAGAUAGGCCUCCACCAAGACUCUUUGCACGGCGGAAUGUCGGAUUUCGAUCGUGAAAUGGGAAGGCGUGUAUGGGUUAUCCUGUACCUUUGGGAUUUCUCGCUGAACUCCUUGAUGUUUCGGCCCCGCCUCAUCAAUCACGCCGACUGCACAGUCGUGAUGCCGUCGCAGAGUCUCGAGCCAACCCCGUUCGGUCCCGAUCAACCCUGGCAAUUCCGCCAUAUGAACCUGCACUGCCAGCUUUGCAUGGACAUGGCGCCACAGCUAGGUGGCCGUUUGGAUUCAGACGCGGACAAGGCAGACAUGGCUAACCGGAUGCGGAACGUGGUUGUUACAUGGUUCGAAAGGCUCCCAGCCGAAUACGCCGUGGAGACGCCAGACACGCGGUGGGAUGGCGAGCUGAAAUGGGUUGUGUUCCAGCGUCAGUAUCUGCACGUGAUUGGAUAUAUGUCGUUGUCCAGCCAGCUUAGGCCCUUCAUCAUGCGAAGCUCGGCGAAGCCAAUGUCGCAUCUCCAGUUAAGGCUCCGAGAGGCGGGAGUGGACGCUGCGCUGGGUCUCAUGAACGCAUCGUUGACGCUUUUCGAUAACCUGGUAUCGUUUGGUCACAAGUCCCCUUGUGCCAUCUUAUGCCUUUUCAAUGCGGCAACCGUCAUGUGCGCCGGGUUUCUCCAGGACGAGGCUCGCACCCUUCCGAAGCGAGAGGCGGUUCUGGAAGCGAUGAAAAGAGGGUUGGGCAUGCUUGCGGCAGCAGCCUCCGAGUCGAAGGAAACGGCAACCCUGUACCGCAUUUUGAAAAGACUCCUCGCCGGACUUCCACUGAGCGCCAAGGAAAAAGGAGUGAUCGGCGCCUCAAAACGGGUGAAGGACGAGAGGACGACUUCGCCAAGCGACAAAGUCACAGUUGACAUAUCACAAAGCAAGUGCGCUAUAAAGAGUGCUUCGACGAGAACCCGUCGGCGCCAGGGAUCUCAGCCAAGAUCUGUCAGCGGCAGCCCCGACAGCGCCUCGGCGCUGGGCUCGUCGAAUUGCCAGCCAUGCAGCAAACGGUCGGCGGUGUCGUUGCCGGAUAGCUGUCGACCCUUAGACGCGCAGGCGCCGUCAAAUGGUCAAGCAGGGCCGAGUCCUGUCGUUCCAUUAAAUGGUGUCGUGCAGGUGGGUGGCCAUCCUUCUUGUAGCACCUUCGUACCGUCGACCCCCAUCAAUCCGACAUAUCCGGGCACGACGGAAAGUUUGCCGGCCACCGGCUCCAGGUCGACGACCGGUUUUAUGGCAUCAGACGGAUACCCCCGUUCCCAAGCAUUCGUGAGAACGGCUGGUUUCCAAUACACCUCGACAGUGGGCACCGUGGAUGCGGUUCCCUUCAUGCAGUCCGGUUGGCAGUCAUCUUGGUUGGCCAUGAACGGCCUGGGCAAUGAUGUUCAGACAUACCAGGCUGUCAACCUCUCCGGGUUCGACAACGCGGCGCUCGAGACGCUCCGCUGCUGGGAAAUAAGGUCAGGAUCCCUUGGGCCCGAUGCACCCAGAUCAUGGGGACAAUCCUCUGCCUAUGUGCCAGACCAAGGCGCGGUUGGGUACCAUCCCGGGCUUCCUGGGGACUUCAACGGGCGGAUAUUCGAGAUGAACGAGCGUGGGCAGAGCUUAAGCAUCGACGAUCCAUCGGAGAGGACUGAUGAGGGCUCGUUUCAAAGGGCCAUCGUGUCCUGGCUUAGAUCGUAUUGUUCAAGUGCGUAGGAAGAUGGGUCAUAUUGGCGUUGUUUUGCGUUUGCCUCGAUCUGGCUGUGAAUGUGUGGUUCUGAAAUCAGAAACCAGUGAGGCCCCGGUUCCCAGAGAAUGCUGAACGACUGUGCUCUUAUAUUUGGU